AUGCCGUCGAUUUCAUCCGUCGAAGCCGUCUUGUCUGCUGCCGAGAAGGAUAGCUCCAAACUUCUUGGCCUGGCAUUCGGCGAGCAACGCAUCACGACGCCUGGCCAAUACCUUCCUAGAAGUGAUGCACAGAAAGAGCCCCAGAUUUCCUUCAAUGUAUCAUCUGGCACCUAUAUUGUCAUCAGUCUGGACCUCGAUGCUCCAUUUCCAUCGCUCGGCUUCCUAGGACCCAUCCUACACUGGAUUCAUCCGGGUUUUAAGCCGUCGACGAAUACCACUGUCACGGGGGAGACCAUCUUGACAACAUCUGCCCCUUUUGUUGCGAACUAUAUCGGCCCUGCGCCUCCACCGGGCAGCGCGCCGCACCGGUAUGUUUUCCUGCUGUACGAGCAGCCAGACGGCUUCGACAUCGAGAGGCAUGCUUCAAAGAACGGGAAGCCCGUUGGUAACUGGCAGAGGAUAAGGUAUGAUCUGGAUGCAUUCGCGAAGGAAGUGGACCUCGGACCAGUUCUGGCGGCGAACUAUUUCCGCAGCAACUGA